UUGAUAUUUUUUAGCAUUUCCAUUUUCACCCAACUGGGACUUUCAACCAAUAGAUUGUUCCACAGGCAAAGAACUCGAUGUGCAUCGUUUCAUCAUUGAUAAACAAAGCGCAGAAUACGAUCAAAUCCAUGACAUGUUUAAAGCGUCACUGGCAACGACACUGCCGAACGCUGAAGUUGUAAAAAUUGAAAGAAUUCAAAAUCCUCGAUUGUAUCAAAUCUAUGAAGGGCAAAAGAAAAAGAUGAGCAAUGGUGGAAAUGAAAUGAGAUUGUUUCACGGAACUGCAAAGAUGGCCGUGGAGAAAAUUAAUACGACUGGUUUUAACAGAUCUUACUGUGGAAAGAACGGUAAGAUAUAACAGUUUUUGCGUUUCGGUCUUUGGCAUGUAAGGAUAAACAUUACUGACCUAAUCUAGUCCCAUGUGAAAUUUUGAUGUCUUUAAUUACACCUCGGGUCAGGCAAUUGUACAUUUUCCUAGCGUUACCCCAACUUAAUGUUAACGCCAAACGCUAACCAUUGGAUUAAUGCAAACUGUAAGGCUAUGGUUAAUCCCAACCCUAUGAAAGAAUGAAACCUUUAUUUCGACAGGGUUGUCCAAUCAGUGGUAAACCACUGUUACCAACUGGAGCUCUCUAUAUACUAUUUUACAAAAUACAAUUGAUAGAAUCUAUUUAAACUUACAAUGUUAUAUAGACAAUGCAUGACCUAAGUCUUAGAGCUAUGUUACAUUAGAUAUACUAUAAAACUAUACGAUAAAAUUGGAGUCGUAGUGGGCACCGUUCGCAUUAGAGAAGCGCACUCAUUUUAUUGUUUUAUUUGCAGAAGAGCAUGCACCUUGAGGAAAACGUGAGUGGGGGGGGGGGAGUCCCUCAUGAACACAGAACACGCUACAGUAGUAAUAAUGAAAUACGUUAAAACUUUGUAAAUGCAUGUGUUAGGGAUAGAGCGAAUCAAUAGUUGUUUUAUAUGAUCAUCGAAAUAUAAAUUAUUGUAUGAUUGUCGAAUAAUUAGGCUGUUGCUUCCCCUAUAUCUUGAUGCUUUUGGUAUCUAACGAAAAUACCUCUUUCUUCACAGCGGUAAAGUUCGGCAAAGGAGUAUACUUUGCAAAGCAUGCUUGGUACUCGGCAAGAAGGAUUUAUGCUGUUCCUGAUGAUAAAGGCUUACAAUACAUGUACAUAGCUCGGGUGUUGGUUGGUAAAUACACGAAAGGAAAAGACGGAUUACUCGUGCCACCCCCAAUUGAUGAAAACAACCAGACCAUCUGCUACGACUCUGUUGUUGAUGACAUAAUAAAACCAACGAUAUUUGUCAUUUUCUAUGAUUAUCAGAGCUACCCUGAAUAUUUAGUUACUUUUAAGAAUUCUUAACUGCAAGAUAAUAAACAGUAAUAUGUAAAGACAAUAUAAUGUUCGUUCAGACGUCAGGUACUACUCUGUUGUUAGGGCUUCGGUGGCGCACUCGUCAGAGCGAGCGUGUUUCACCUCUGAGAUCGUGGGUUCAAUUCUCGCUAUGGACUCAUGUGAAAAGAGUCAGUCAACGCUCUACCGAUAGUCGUGGGUUUUCUCCGUGCGCUCCGGUUUCCUCCCAAAUGGAAAGUUGACAGGGUGGGUUAGGAUAAACAUAAUUAAGAAAGUAAUAUCACAACAGCUGUAAAGAUAAAAUAAUCUAAGCUAUAAGUAUGUAAUUAUAUAGGUAAGCGUAUACUACUUGAUGUAAAGCGCAUUUGAUCAUAUCCACAUGUAAAUUUGCCCUACCCGAAAUGCUAAUCGUAAUCGUAUAGUCGUAUUCAGUGAAAUGAUAUAGCCUAACAAAGCCACCAGGCACUAAUGUUUGUCAUUUUCUAUGGGCGCCUUCCAUUUAAUGGCCUAGCUGACCGGUCAGAACCAAAUUUUUGUCUCUGUAUCAAUGGAAAGAUGUGGUCUGUGUUUCUCGAUAGCUAGCGGAAAUGGACCUUCUUCUAAUUUUAUAUAAAUUUUUC